GCAACAACCAGGGAGGCGGGAACCAGGCGCGGCCUCAGAGAGAUCAGCCCCUCAGAUCUCUCGCUGCCAGGAAGGUCUUGGGAGAGGCGCGAGCCAGGCCUGAAGGUCAGUGUCCGCGGAGAGACAAACAUUCAAGCCCAUGAACUCCAAUCGUCGCCGACGCUUUCACCUCUGCUAACCGUUAGGCGCUCUGAGGGCCAUGGCUGAGGUGCACGUAAUCGGGCAGAUCAUGGGGGCCACCGGUUUCUCGGAAAGUAGCCUUUUCUGCAAGUGGGGCGUCCACACAGGGGCAGCAUGGAAGCUCCUGUCAGGUGUGCGGGAGGGCCAAACGCAGGUGGACACCCCCCAGAUAGGGGACAUGGCCUACUGGUCCCACCCCAUCGACCUGCACUUCGCCACCAAAGGCCUUCAAGGCUGGCCCCGGCUCCAUCUCCAGGUGUGGUCCCAAGACAGUUUUGGCCGCUGCCAGCUUGAAGGCUAUGGUUUUUGCCAUGUGCCCAGCAGUCCAGGCACCCACCAGCUGGACUGCCCCACAUGGCGACCCCUGGGCAGUUGGCGGGAGCAGCUGGCGAGGGCCUUCGUGGGUGGCGGGCCUCAGCUGCUGCAUGGGGAUGCCAUCUAUAGUGGGGCUGACCGCUAUCGCCUGCACACCGCCGCCGGCGGCACCGUGCACCUUGAGCUGGGCCUGCUGCUCCGCCACUUCGACCGCUAUGGUGUUGAAUGCUGAAGGACCCUGCAUCAACGGCUGGCCCCACCCAUAUCUCAGGACACCCAGUGAUGGGCAGGAUGGCUCAGUGGUCAGAAGCAUGGACUUUGGAGACUGUCAGACCUGACUCCAGCCAAGGCAUAGUGUGGCUUCUGUCCUGUCUAUCACCUCAAGCCCACUGGCUGCCCCUCCCAGUUUUCCCAUCUGUAAAAUGGGGUCAUUGUGUGGGCUCACAGUGGGUUGAGUGCAAAGAAGCUGUUUGCUCGUGGAAGGGCUCAAUAAAGGAGAGCAGUUCUUUCAGGA